CGUCUUCUCCACUCCACUCCACUCCACUCCACCGCACUUUCCUCUCCCGUCUUUGCUCCCCUCGAGACCCGAAGAGCAGCGAAAGGGGGCAAGAAAAAAAGCGGCAGGGUUCAAGAACGCCGAAGCCCUUCGGAUUCUACCGCAAUCUCGUGCAGCCCCGGCUCUCCACAGCGACGAUUCGAGGGUGGACAGAGCAAUGGGCUCCGGAUCUUUGCUCAAUGUUCUCGCCAAGAACUUCGACGUUCUUGCGGGGCCUUUGGUCGCACUGGCUUAUCCUUUGUAUGCUUCAGUUAAGGCAAUAGAAACCAAAUCUCCUGUUGAUGAUCAACAAUGGCUCACAUAUUGGGUCUUGUACUCAUUAAUAACACUGUUUGAACUCACCUUUGCAUCAAUUAUUCAGUGCCUUCCUUUCUGGCCCUCAAUGAAAUUGAUCUUUAUUUGCUGGCUUGUCCUGCCUUACUUCAAUGGUGCAGCCUAUGUGUACCAAAAUUAUGUGAGACCUGCCUUUGUAAAGAACCAGAUGGUCAACAUUUGGUAUGUCCCUCAAAAAAGGGGCCUUUUUGGCAAAUCUGAUGACUUCCUCACAGCGCUUGAUAAGUUCGUUGAAGAAAAUGGGACUGAUGCUCUGAAGAAACUGGCGAACAAGGCUGGCAAAUCAUUUAAACAGUCAGGGAAAUCAUCAAAAGAUUCGAAAGAAUCAAAAUCAUCAUCGAAAGAAUUGAAAUCAUCAAAGGAGUUGAAAGAACCAAAGGCAUCAAAAGAUACAAAACAUCCCAAGUCACUGAAAGAUUCAAAAGAGUCGAAGCCAUCAAGGGAUUCAAAGUCACCUAAAGAUUCUAAAGAACAGAAGAAGACAUUGAAAGAUUCGAAAGAACUGAAGAAAGCACUGAAAGACUCGAAAGAACAGGAAUCACUGAAAGAUUCAAAUGAACAUAAACCAAAGAGCAACAAGCGUGUGACGUUUGCUGAGGUGGAUUCUGAAAAGGAAUUCAAGGCCUCUAACAGUUAUUGGCGUCCAUCCUCUGAUUAUCACAGCAUGUAUCCGGAGCAAAAUUUAUGGACUAGCAGCUUCAUGAUCUUCGAGGACGAAAAUACUUACUGGAAUCGGGGCCCUCUGGACUGAGUUCAGAUCAAAUGCAUCCAGGCGGAAAUGUAGCUCAGCUGUGGCAACCUCCAUCUGCCGUUUCGCUGACUUGUCAGCAUGUAACAUAUUUGUCCGACAUAUACCAGUAGAUGAGUAGUGUAGGGAUCUGCAAUGUGGGUGGGUGGUGAAUUGGUGAUGCUGUUUUGAGGUGGUGAAUCUUAUUAGCUAGGAGAAUUUAGACGGUAGCAGUGUAUUCUGAUCCUAUCUGGUAUCUGGAUGUGUUGCCUUUGUGCCGCUUCUAUUUGCUGCAUUUCCAGCACCUUGAGUAUCCCGGUCGUACCCUGCUCCAAAGAUCCCUAAAUCGUGUGGUCUAGCAGUAAGCAGUGUCAUAGACAACACCUUGAGAAUCACCAGCAGAGAUGAGCACUUUCAGGUCUUAAACCAUUUAGGGUCACUAGAAACAAUUUAGUUCUUCUAUGGUUGAGAAGAAUCCCUGCAUUCUGAACGAGGUCUCCAGGAAACCCUCCAAUUCAAACAGGCCCUUUGGCCAGAACAUCGUGGAAAGAAAAAGAAAUAGAAAAGGUUUAUUUUACU